AAAAAUAACAACCUGGACAUGCCAUCGGUCGCGGGCGCGGUCCUGGCGGCCGCCGUGCUGCUGCAUCGAGUGGUUGGGCAGACUGCCCUGCCCAAGUUGACCCCGUUGAAAGCAGGAUGCCUUGAAUCGGACGUGGUGUCGUGCAAGAUGAACUGCGCACAGCAGUACAAAGACGAGGGACGCUUCACGUGUCCGUGCUACAGGUACAAAGACCGCCCCCCCCCCACUUUGUGGCACUCGACGACAGGAUGUGCAUUGUCCAGCAAAAUGGGAGAAUGCUUGGUUCGAAUCGGGUGUUCGUUUGCCCAGCGCAAACAAGUCAUCACGGCGUGUACGCGCAAAGGUUAUUGCAAAGUCGGGUAUUGCACGUAUCGCGCGGGGGACUUGACGCCGAAAAACGGCGUCCGGCCCGAGAUUUUUUCCAAAACGGCCAUCGUCCCCCCGGGGUCGCCCUGUGUCGAUGGGUGCUGCCGUAGCAGCGGCACCGCAUGCAAUGAAGACCCUGCGUUGAAGUCGCUGCGGGAGCCCGGUCGCGCGUAUCGAAACGAAGAAGUGCAGCUGCCGCCGAGACGGGGCGACCCCCGCUUGAGCGUGAAUCAAAACUACGACCUGAUGCCGUACAGCAUCCCCCUCGACAACUUGCCGCCGGUGGACCCGAAUUUCUUGCUCGCGUUUCGACAAGCAGAAGACACCGGCGUCGAUUCCGUCGUCGCCCGCAACAAGUUUUACAAACCCCUGAACGGCACGCUGUCGUGAGGAUGGGAUGGUCAGGAUGCCCACUCAACCAACCGCCACGUGGAUGCCGCCGACAUUGUCGUGGCGGUGGCUGCAGUCAAUGUUGUACCAUGGAUGCAUUGUCUAGCCUUGCCACUGUUCGCAUCGACGCCGUGCCGCGCGUACCCAAACACUGGGACGAAAUCCUCAUGAACACCGAGCCACUCAUCCUCUAUCAGCUUCACAACACCAGUACGUGUGGAAGCGG